GAAAAAAGAAAAAGAAAAAAAAAACAGUUUAGAUUUUCGUUAUUGCAACUAAAAAAUUCGGAAAAUAGAGAGAAAGAGAGUGAGGUUGGUCGUGGCCAAAUUUUGAGGCUGAUCAAUGGUAGAAAUCUUGCAAAUCAAUGGCGCAAAUUCUGUUGGUAAGUAAAGAGAAAAAGAAAAUCUUUUUUCAUUUAGAUGUAACUGUCGGGAGAGCACUCACGUGUUUCUGUCUCUUCACCUGUAAAUAUUCUCGCCACGUUUGCUCUCUUCUUUUUUUUGUUUUCCUGAGAAAACGCAAAGAAAAAGGCUUGUUUUUUAAAUUCGCUAUAGCAUGUGGAGGCUAUGGGUUCUUAUCUUCUUCAACAUUUCUUUGUCUUCAAUAUCUUUAAUUCUUCAAUGAUAAGCAGAUCAUCUCCAUACACAUCGAUUCACGUCACCCACCCAGAAAAAUUCAAACUUUGAAUAAAAAAUUCUGUUUAGCGUGUUAGGCUGAAGAUUGAAGAGUAACCAUGGAUCUUAAUCUCGGAAAAUGCUGUGGUUCUCGUUCUUCUAAGAAGGAAUCAUGGAGAUCGGUUUUGCUUCUUGCUUAUCAGAGUCUUGGUGUUGUUUAUGGAGACUUGAGUAUCUCUCCGCUUUAUGUCUUUAAGAGCACUUUCGCUGAGGACAUUCAACAUUCAGAGACCAAUGAAGAGAUCUACGGUGUUAUGUCCUUUGUUUUCUGGACUCUAACUUUGGUUCCUUUGCUUAAGUAUGUCUUCAUUGUCCUCCGAGCUGAUGAUAACGGAGAAGGUGGAACUUUUGCUUUGUACUCAUUGAUCUGCCGUCAUGUCAAAGUUAGCCUCCUCCCAAACCGACAAGUCUCUGACGAGGCAUUGUCCACUUAUAAGCUGGAGCAUCCACCGGAGAAGAACCAUGACUCGUGUGUGAAAAGAUAUCUGGAGAAACACAAUUGGUUACACACUGCUUUGCUGCUUCUGGUUCUUCUUGGGACUUGUAUGGUCAUUGGAGAUGGUCUUCUCACUCCAGCUAUCUCCGUUUUCUCUGCUGUGUCAGGUCUUGAGCUAAAUAUGUCUAAAGAACAUCACCAAUAUGCAGUAAUUCCUAUUACCUGCUUCAUAUUAGUCUGCCUUUUCUCGCUUCAGCAUUUUGGGACUCAUCGUGUUGGGUUUGUUUUCGCGCCCAUUGUCCUCACUUGGCUGCUCUGUAUAAGUGGUAUUGGCUUGUACAAUAUAAUACAGUGGAAUCCUCAUAUUUACAAAGCUCUCUCUCCUACAUACAUGUUCAUGUUCUUGAGAAAGACGAGAGUAAGUGGAUGGAUGUCUCUUGGCGGGAUUCUGUUGUGCAUAACUGGUGCUGAGGCCAUGUUUGCUGAUCUUGGUCACUUCAAUUAUGCAGCAAUUCAGAUUGCAUUUACCUUCCUGGUUUAUCCGGCUCUUAUAUUGGCAUACAUGGGGCAAGCUGCGUACUUAUCCCGCCAUCACCAUUCUGCUCAUGCGAUUGGGUUUUACGUCUCUGUGCCAAAAUGUUUGCACUGGCCUGUGCUUGCAGUAGCGAUUCUUGCUUCUGUUGUGGGAAGCCAAGCGAUCAUCAGCGGGACUUUCUCCAUUAUAAACCAAAGCCAGUCUCUUGGAUGUUUUCCUCGAGUCAAAGUCAUUCACACCUCCGAUAAGAUUCAUGGUCAGAUUUACAUACCAGAGAUUAACUGGAUGCUCAUGAUUCUCUGCAUCGCUGUUACGAUCGGGUUUAGAGAUGUCAAACACCUGGGAAAUGCGUCUGGUUUGGCUGUAAUGGCGGUUAUGCUAGUGACGACUUGUCUUACCUCAUUGGUCAUUGUUCUUUGCUGGCACAAGCCUCCGAUUCUGGCCCUCGCGUUCCUUCUCUUUUUCGGAUCAAUAGAACUUCUUUACUUCUCGGCCUCACUCACCAAAUUCCGUGAAGGCGCUUGGCUUCCCAUCCUAUUAUCCCUAAUUUUCAUGAUCAUCAUGUUUGUUUGGCACUACACCACCAUAAAAAAAUACGAGUUUGAUCUCCAGAACAAAGUCUCGCUUGAAUGGCUUCUUGCACUGGGUCCAAGCCUCGGAAUUACUCGAGUCCCCGGUAUCGGUUUAGUCUUCACAGACUUAACCUCCGGAAUCCCUGCCAAUUUCUCCCGGUUCGUCACCAACCUCCCUGCUUUCCACCGUGUUCUCGUUUUUGUCUGCGUGAAAUCUGUCCCUGUCCCAUUUGUUCCGCCUGCUGAGAGAUACCUUGUGGGCCGUGUUGGUCCUGUUGACCACCGCUCUUACCGCUGCAUCGUUCGGUAUGGAUACCGUGACGUCCAUCAAGACGUGGACUCAUUCGAAACUGAGCUCGUGAGCAAGCUUGCGGAUUUCAUCCGUUAUGACUGGCACAAAAGAACACAACAAGAAGACGACAACGCUCGGUCAGUGCACUCCAACGAAUCCUCAAGCGAGUCAAGACUGGCCGUGAUCGGAACAGUAGCUUACGAAAUAGAAGACAAUCUCCAACCAGAGAGCGUCUCAAUCGGAUUCUCCACAGUCGAAAGCAUGGAAGACGUCAUACAAAUGGCCGAGGCAGCCCCAACCGCCACCAUAAGACGGGUGAGGUUUGCACUCGAGGAAAACAGUUACGAGGACGAAGGAUCGUCAUCGUCGGCAGAGGCAGAAGCAGAACUGAGAAGCGAGCUGAGGGAUUUGCUGGCAGCGCAAGAAGCAGGGACGGCAUUUAUAUUGGGACAUUCACAUGUAAAAGCGAAACAAGGAUCAUCAGUGAUGAAGAGAUUGGCAGUUAAUUUCGGUUAUAAUUUCUUGAGAAGAAACUGUAGAGGACCUGACGUGGCUCUUAAGGUUCCACCUGUUUCUCUUUUAGAAGUCGGCAUGGUUUAUGUUGUUUGACUUAUAUAAAACUAAAUAUAUGAAAACCUAAUUCCUCUGUUGUAAAUUCGUCAUGUUUAGCUUCAUAGAUCUCUGUUUCUGUGUU